CACCAUCACCUUCAUCUACUAAAGACCACAAAUUCAUUCAUAAAAGCAUUUCAUACCUUGUGUGUAUAUAUAGGUUUCCCACUCUCACACUUCACUCCAAAAACUUUCCUAAACAACCAUAAUCAAAACAUCACAUUCAAAUUAACCAUGUACAUUUCAUUCAAGUCCAAUUCCCAAAACCCUAAACACCAGAAACACCAUCAUGAUCACCAUGAAACAACACCCAACAAGAAAUUCAACGAGAUAUCUCACUUCAGCCACAAACAACACAAGCUAAUGUUUGACUACUCCGAAUCCCCCUUCCAAUGUGAUGGUUGCAAGGAACUAGGCAUAGGCUCACGCUAUAGUUGUUCCCUAUGCGACUUCGACCUUCACACUCACUGUUCCAUUCCUUCUCCUUCACUUUUCCACCCUUUUUACCCUAAAUGUUCCUUCCACUUUCUUUCUCAUCCUCCUGGUGACACUCCCCGUUAUUGCAAUGCCUGCGAGAAACCUGUUAAAGGCUUUCUUUACCACUGCUUCUCAUGUGGUUUCGACCUCCAUCCUUGUUGUGCCAAGCUGCCAACAGUUAUAGGCAGUGACGACAAUAAGAAAAGUAGUGAUAAAAAUGAGGUAAGACUGCUCUUGUACCGGACGGUGAGCUCAACAUGUCACCGGUGCGGGCAGAAGGGGCGGGGGUGGAGCUAUAGGUCGUCAUGCAAGAGGUAUAACUUGCAUGUGGCGUGUGUGAGGGAGAUGGUGGUGGAGAGUUGGCAUGAAGGUAGGGGGUUGAAGAGUGUCGUUGAGAGUGGUUGCCACAAGGGGAAAGGUGGUAGGGUGAGGAAGUGUUGUGAGGUGGCCGGAGUGGCUAUUCAGGUGGUGGUGUCGGCAGUGCUAGGUGAUCCCACUGCUCUUAUUGCCGGCAUUGUAGGAUCGUUGGUCUCGCGAGCUUGACAUUUGGAAGGAGAAAUUCUUAUAUGGUCUGUCUAUAUCAUAUUGAUCAUCUUAUCUUGUUUUACAAGUGAUAUACUAUAUAUGAAAUCUUUGGAUUUAUGUAAAUUAAAAAAAAUGUGAUUUGUAAAUAUUGGUUGAGAUGGACUACAUUGUGCUCAACCAUACAAUAAUUUAUUGAUUCACUAUAAAUUGAGAAGUGAGGUGAUGUUGUAUAUAUCAA